AUGGGAGGCACAGUCAACAUGGCAAUAACAAAUGUCAGCGUUGUGGUUGAAUUCGUUCUUCUGGGAUUUGGGGAUGUUCCCAACUAUGAAGGAUUUCUAUUUAGUAUUUUCUUGCUCAUCUAUGUAAGUAUUCUGGUGGGAAAUGGCCUCAUCAUUAUAAUUACUAAGGUAGAUCCCACUCUCCAAACACCCAUGUAUUUUUUUCUUAGACACUUUUCCUUCCUAGAAAUCUGUUACACAUCAGUGACACUUCCCAGGAUGUUUAAAAACCUUUUGACUCAAAAGAGAAAUAUUUCUUUUCUUGAAUGUGCUACACAGCUUUGUUUCUUUCUUAUUUGGGGAGGCACUGAGUGCUUUCUCCUAGUUGUGAUGGCUUAUGACCGUUAUUUGGCCAUUUGUAAUCCUUUGAACUAUCCUCUCAUCAUGAACCAAAAGAUUUGUAUCUGUUUGGUGGUUGGCUCCUGGGUCAGUGCAAUCCCUAUUCCAAUAGGACAAACAUACCAGAUUUUCUCUCUGCCCUUCUGUGGUUCUAAUUACCUCAAUCAUGUUUUUUGUGAUGUUCCUCCAUUACUAAAUCUUGCCUGUGGAGACAUCACUGUGAAUGAAUUAUACUCCUAUGCUGGUGCUUUCCUAUCUGCUAUUGUUCCAUUUCUAAUGAUACUUGUGUCCUACAUCAAAAUCAUUGCCACAAUCCAGAAGCUUCCAUCAGCUAUAGGGAGAAAGAAGGCCUUCUCUACUUGUUCUUCACACCUCAUGGUGGUUAGCCUGUUUUUUGGGUCAGGUAUCAUUUCAUAUUUUUUACCAAAUUCUAUAAAAUCAGCAGGAAUAGACAAGGUUCUGUCUCUUAUCUACUCCACUGUGACCCCAAUGUUCAACCCCCUGAUAUACAGCCUGAGAAAUAAAGAUGUCAUUAUGGCAUUGAAGAAAUUCCUACCUAAGUGA